AUGAAAUUCACUUCUUCCAUUGUCCUGCUGAGUGCGCCUUUCCUGGCCUUGAUUGGGUCGGCAUCAGCGUUUUUACCACCGACGCCAGCUUUUGCGCGGUCAGCCUCAAGCUUGUCCGUCGCUGUGGACACAUCCGAUAUUAAGAAUGGACUAACCGUCGAGAUUGACGGCGAACCUUACAAGGUACUGAACUUUUCCAUCAUGAAACAGGCCCGAGGUGCUGCCAAGACGACCAUCAAGUUUAAGAAUUUAAUGCGGGGCACUACCAUUGAGAACACAUACCGAAGCGGAGAAAAGUUCGAAACGGCCUUGAUUGAAAAGAUUGGCGCACAGUUUACUUACUCAGAAGGUAACACAUUCUUUUUUAUGAAUUCGGAAACAUUCGAGGAAAUUCCCGUCAGUGACAAGGUAGUCGACGAUAAAGUCAAAUGGAUUACGGAGGGCAGCGAAAUUUCUCUAGUACUUUUCAAAGAUAAAAUUAUUGAGGUCGUUGUCCCCUCGACGGCUGUCUACGAAGUCGUCGAAACCGAGCCCAACAUGAAGGGCAACACAGCUCAGGGCUACACCAAGCCUGCAACCCUUUCCAGUGGAGCCGUGAUUAGUGUACCUGGCUUUGUGGAACAGGGAGCCAAAAUUAAGGUUGACACCGACAAGGGAGAAUACAUUGAGCGUGUAAACGAAUAG